AUGAAUGGUAUUGACGUGACGAAUGCCUCUAAUGCUGAAGGCCAAGCCCCCGACGGCAUCCCUGACACGUGCUACCUUUCUAAAGAAGAAGAAGGGCCGCUCAGAGACAUCUUGUUUGACGACUAUGAUAAGAAUGGCCGCCCGAUGCUACCUUACAAGCGAUUUAUGGAGCUAUGCCCUGACCUUCCGGGGAGCAUCGAACGAGACUCUCCAGAUCAACGCCUCCACAGACCACGGCCUUGA